CCCUCGGCAGCAGCAGAGGAGGAGGCGGCGGCGGCGGCUCCGGGCGAGCAGCGCGAGGGCAGCGAGAGGCGCCGCUGCCGCCCCGGUAUCGGCAGCACCGCGCGGAGGAGGCGGGAGCGCCCCGGCGGCGGACGGACCCGAGCGGCGGCGGCGGCAGCAGCAGCAGCGGCGGUAGCAGGAGGAGUCAGCGCCCGGCUCCCCCCCUUCCCCCCCGCGCACCCCCGUCGCAGCCCCCCCUCCCUCCCGCCCUCCGAGCUCCGCAGCCUCCAACAUGUCGGCGCCGGCGGCCAAAGUCAGUAAGAAGGAGCUGAACUCCAACCACGAUGGGGCCGACGAGACCUCAGAAAAAGAGCAACAGGAAGCAAUUGAACACAUUGAUGAAGUACAGAAUGAAAUAGACAGACUGAAUGAACAAGCCAGUGAGGAAAUUUUGAAAGUAGAACAGAAAUACAACAAACUCCGCCAACCAUUCUUCCAGAAGAGGUCAGAGUUGAUCGCCAAAAUCCCAAAUUUCUGGGUAACAACAUUUGUCAACCACCCACAAGUAUCUGCACUGCUGGGAGAAGAAGAUGAGGAAGCACUGCAUUACUUGACCAGAGUGGAGGUGACAGAAUUUGAAGACAUCAAAUCAGGUUACAGAAUAGAUUUUUAUUUUGAUGAGAAUCCCUACUUUGAAAAUAAAGUUCUCUCCAAAGAGUUUCACCUCAACGAAAGUGGAGACCCUUCUUCAAAAUCAACUGAGAUCAAAUGGAAAUCUGGGAAGGACCUGACAAAACGUUCAAGCCAGACACAGAACAAAGCCAGUAGGAAGAGGCAGCACGAAGAGCCAGAAAGCUUCUUCACCUGGUUCACUGACCACUCUGAUGCAGGGGCUGAUGAAUUAGGAGAAGUCAUCAAGGAUGACAUCUGGCCCAACCCAUUACAGUACUACCUGGUUCCUGACAUGGACGAUGAAGAAGGGGAGGGAGAGGAGGAUGACGAUGAUGAUGAAGAGGAGGAAGGAUUAGAGGAUAUUGAUGAAGAAGGAGACGAAGAUGAGGGGGAGGAAGAUGAAGAUGAUGAUGAGGGAGAGGAAGGAGAGGAGGAUGAAGGAGAAGAUGACUAAUUGAACACUGAUGGAUUCCAAACCCCCUUUUUACCUUUUUAAUUUUUCUCCAGUCCCUGGGAGCAAGUUGCUGUCUUUUAUUUCUUGUGCUCAGUCGCCUUGUUCUCUUGAGGUCUCUUUUUAUCUCCUCUCCACCCAUGGUUCACCAUUUCUUUUUUGGGGGAAAUACCUUGAGCAGAACACAGUGGAAAAAAAAGAAUCUGCCGGUUUCUGUUUCAAGUUCAUUUUUAUCCCUUUCUGUCUCGAAAC